CUAAUUUACUUUCUGUUCUAUUUAACGUCUUCUCUACGAAAAAUUGUCUGCGGCCACUUUUCUACAUAAGGAAAGGAAAGUAAUCACCAGCAAAUCCGGCGAGUUCAGAUGUCCAGCCAAAUGGCCCCACCGGUCGAUAUCUUCGACUUUGUUGUAAACAAAGGCAACGGAGUAAAGGGUCUUGCCGACUCCGGUAUCCAGAGCCUUCCCGAUCACUACAUCCUCCCUCCUGAGGAACGUUUAGAUCCAACAAAAAUAGUCACUGAAGACUCCAUUCCGAUCAUCGAUGUCUCCGAUUGGAACGAUCCGAAGGUUACAGAAUCGAUCUGCAAAGCUGCAUGCAAAUGGGGUUUCUUUCAGAUUGUUAACCACGGGUUGACCUUGGAGGAUCUUGACAAGAUAAAGGACGCAGGUCACCGCUUCUUCGGUUUACCAAACCAGGAGAGAGCGAAGUACUGGAAAGGGAAAUCGCCUGCCAAUACUGUCUCCUUGUCCACCAGCUUCAGUCCUCACGCCGAAGCUGUUCUUGAGUGGAAAGAUUUCUUGAGCUUCCGCUAUGUCUCCGGUGAUCCAGAAGCCUCUGCUUUGUGGCCACCAGUAUGCAAAUUUCAAGUCCUAGAAUACAUGGAGAAAGCUAAAAUUGUGAUUAAAAGACUGCUUGAAGCACUACUCAAGGGAUUGAAUGUGAAAGAGAUUGAUCAAGCAAGAGAGUAUGUGCUAAUGGGUUCGCCAAUAAUCAACUUUAAUUAUUACCCCCGUUGUCCGAGCCCCGAGCUCGCAGCUGGAGUAGGCCCUCACUCCGACAUAUCUACGAUCACUGUCCUCCUCCAAGAUGACAACGGCGGUCUAUAUGUCCGAGAAACUGAGGGUGAUUGCUGGAUCCACGUUCCACCCGUUAAUGGCGCUCUUGUGGUCAAUAUCGGAGACAUUCUGCAAAUCUUGAGCAACGAUCGAUACAAGAGCAUUGAACAUCGCGCGGUCGCCAAUGGAAACAAGAACAGAAUUUCGGUGCCCAUAUUUGUGAAUCCGGCACCUGAUGCCGUCAUCGGUCCUUUGCCGGAGGUUUUAGAAGAUGGGGAGAAACCCAUCUAUAGGGAAAUUGUCUUCUCUGAUUACUUCAAGUAUUUCUUCAGUAAGGGACAUGAGGGGAAGAAGACCAUGGACUGUGCUAGGAUAUGAUUUGAUGAAAUCCUGCUUCUGUGUUUUUCUAUUGGGCUAUCAUAAGCAGAUUUCUAGCGUGUUAUUAUGAAUAAAUAGCAGAACCUAAUAAGAGUAAAUAAUUUGACUUUGA